AUGCUUGACCGUUCCGGAGUGGACGUAAAAGCCCUCCGAGCAUUUCGAGUACUCCGGCCUUUACGACUUGUCUCCGGGUUGCCAAGUUUACAAGUGGUGUUGAACGCGAUAAUUCGAGCAAUGGUCCCCCUCUUGCACAUAGCCCUUCUUGUCAUCUUUGUAAUUACAAUGUACGCCAUCGUCGGUUUGGAACUAUUCUCAGGGAAAUUGCACGCAACCUGUUAUGAUGUCUACACUGGGAAGAAUUACGAAGAUGGUUACAUUUCCUCUGUUUACAAAUUAUAA